CUUCCGGCCGCCCCAGAGGGAUCCGACCACCACGGAUCUUGCAGCUCCCAGUCCAUCGCCGUCUACGACGUCGGGCUCUAGUCAAAAACCGGAUUUCAGGUCUCAGACGCCCGACACACCUCGCGUACUGACACCGGUCACUUACAACAGCCUCAGUUUCCGGUCAGAGUGGGACGGCGCUCUGCCGACGCCUCUCGCCGACACGCUUGCGUGUCCGAUAUGUAUGGGACCGAUGAAUUUACCGAAAAUGUUACCGUGUCUGCACAACGCUUGCAAGCAGUGCCUACAGCAGCACAUAUUAAGUCACGUGAGGCAAGAACUGCAGUUAGAUAUUCAGCCCAAGUCGUUCCCUUGUCCCGUAUGUGAACGGGAUACAGCGCCAGCGGAGGCGGGCAUAGGAUGCGAAAAAUGGGCGACUGCGUUCCCAACAAACAAUUUCCUGCACGUGUACUGCAUGAUUCUGGCCGUACAGCGCGAGGAAGUCGACUGUGACCCAUGUCAGCGGCGCGGCGAAUCGACGCUCGCCACGUGGUGGUGCCGCGAGUGCAGUGAAUAUCAGUGUAACGUGUGCAAAACGGUUCACAGCGGCUUCAAAAUUUUCAAGGACCAUAAUGUUAUUUCAGUGAAAGAAAUCGCCCAGAAUCCGCACGUGGCUAUACCGAAAUUCGAACCGUGUCAUUUUCAUAGAGAGAAAAUAACUCAUUUUUGUCGCGAUCAUAGGGUGCCCUGCUGCUCAAAGUGUAUGGUGGCGGAACACAGGAAGUGUGAACACGUGGUAACCACGGAAACGGAAUAUAGAAAGCUUGAGGGUCGUGGUGGGUAUGACACCUUGAUAGAAACUCUAACGAAGUAUGAAGAUAUGGUUGUAGAAAUGAUCGACACUCGCAGGAAUAUCGUCGAGGAACUGGAGGCGAAAAGGCAGUCCAUCGUAGAUCAGGUACAACAGGUACGAGAGCAGUUUGAAGACGAAAUGCGUCGUCUGGAAGAUAAACUUCUGGAAGAGUUUGACCGAUGUCAUCAAUUGGAGAUAAAUCAAUUGAAUGAACUCACAACUGAAUGCGAGAAUUUGGGUAAACAAAUCACCAAUGCGGUAAAGUUAGUGGAGACUGUACAGCAGCAGGGUAGCGAGACGCACAUUUUAAGUUUCAUAGAAAAGGCAGAGAAGGAAUGCCGCGAGUACGAAACAAAGUUGCGCGAGUGCAAGUCUAAGAUACAACACGUGACCUACGAAUUCACCGCGGACCAGAUUUUGGAAAAUGUUUUAAAGAGUACAAAAUCGUUCGGUAAUAUCGGCAUUAAAAGAAGCAAACAGAUAAAGUCUGAAAACAUUAUCCGUGGAGCUAGGCUAGAGAGACGAGGCGUGAAGGAAGUUAAGCGUCUGAGGGUGUGGAUCGCUGGCGACAGGGGGCGCUGUAAUAUAUCCGGGGGAGUAUAUCUAGAGGACGGGCGCAUCUUGCUGGCCGACCAUGACAAUUUCAAAGUGAAACUGUUCAGCUCGACAGGUCGUCUGCUGAGUAAAAUAGUCCUAAAGAGCAAACCGAGUGAUAUAGCGAUGAUUGACAAAUCCAGGUAUGUGGUUCCCUACCCUAGCUGCAGCGCUAUUCAGUUCAUACAUUUAGAGGGAAAAGUGCUGCGUGAAGGUGACUAUGUCGACACUGCCCGAACAUAUCAUUGUCUCGCAAUCGAAAACGACCACAUUUAUCUUGUAACCCAGUCGGGCAUCGCCGUCUGCGACAUCGAAGCCUGCGCGGAGAAGAACUUCAUCAAACUAAAAGAUCUCGGUCUUUCGACCUUCAAAUCUCCAUGCAAUAUCCGGGCAUCUGCAUCCGGUCUCGUUAUCACGGACAGCGAACGGCACUCGGUGAACUUUCUCUCGCUUGACGGUCGUCUGCUACACUGCUUCAAGGCCAGUGGCUUGAAAUGCCCUAUGGGUCUGGGAGUGGACGACCAGGGCAACGUGUUCGUGUGCGGCAACCAGUCUUCCAACGUGCACCAGCUCAGUGAGGACGGUCAGACGCUCCGGAUGAUCUUGCAGCCGGCCGACGGAGUCGAAAACCCCGCCCACAUCGCCUUCCAGCUAUAUGGGAAUAAAUUUUUUGUCUCCGAUUCGAAAAUCUCUGCAAGGGACGUUAUAAAAAUAUUUCGAUGGAAAUGAGAUGUUAACUUAAAACUGAAUCAUUGUUCCCGAUCAAGUUGAGCCCCGUUCUUGAAAAACUGGGUAAUGCAUGUGCGUUAAAGGUUGUCCCAUAAUUACAUGUGUAGUCCGGACAGGCUUAUCAGGGACGACACUUUCCGCUUCUAUGGAAUUGCGUUUAAAGAAAGUCUUCUUAAAGAAAAUCCAGUCUAGGCGAUACAUGUUGCCCCUAAUUAGCUUGUGCAGACUCCAAGUGUUUAUCAGGGACGAUUCUUAGCACAUGGCCAGUUUCCAAAGCAAGGCUAAUGAUUACAUAGAAGUUGGUGCAUGAAGCAAAAUACACAUUGCAGUAAAUUGUGUGUGAAGAUGCAUAAUUUUAUAUGAUUGCAUAGACUAUGUUUAACAUAUUGAACCUGUCUCUUAUCUUCUUUAAAACAUUUUGUUGCACGCACAGAACCUUCUUUCAGUGCGUUUAAGGUCGUUAAAACAGUUGUUUUAAUAAGAAAUAAAUUUACUAUUUCCGUCAUCUGAAACGUGUGACGCAUUGACAUACCACAGAGUAUGAACAUUUACCGUCAAAUAAAAAGUUGUUGAAUUUAAAAGAUACCGCUUUAGUAUUUUGAUAUGAUAUAUUUGACCCCAGUGUUGUCUAAAGAUAUGUGAAUUACCAAAUUUUGCAUACACAAAAAUUUAAGUCUUAAUCAUUUUAAACUCAAUAAACACUGUAAGUCCCAAAACAAGAACAAUAUGAUCAUCCGUCUGUGCCAAUGAUGAAAAUAUGCGCAUAUGCUUUUGUCACACCGACAAAAGACCGCUCCCGGAAUUGAUAUCUUUUUAACAAGCAUGCAGAAAUCAAGCCUGAGAAACAAGUCAUAUACGUGCAUUUUAAAACAAUGACUUAUGUUGAGGUGUUACAUAGCCAAACAUAUAAACAUGAUUAAAAUGUAUGUGAAGAGGCAGUGACCACACACUUUCGGUUGCAUAGACAAAUCAACGCGUUUGAUUAUCUACUUGGGUUUGUACCAACAAUAACAGAUCAGAUUUUUUACUUUGAUAAAAAUGUUAAAAUUCAAUAACCAAGUGUUUGUAACUGCUCCAACUGUUGGUAUAACAUGCUCAGUAGACUCCGAUGAAUGCGUUUAUUUUUCCUCAGCUUUGCUUUGGUCACGGGAGAUUACUCUUCCUAGAAGUUGGCCUUUUAUUUCGUGUUUGAAGGCUGUUGUUAGUCAGUAGUAUGGGAGUAAGUUGGAUCUUUGACACCUUAAAGGGGC